GGCGGCUUCAGUCGUCACUGACUGACCCCGAACAGGGCGUGUUGUUAGCAGAGCUCCAGAAGCCAGGCAGGCGCGGGGGGCCAGGCCAAGCAGUCGUCUUUUCAACAGUCGGUCGACUAAUGAUUAAUCUGUAGUAGAUAUGGAUUUCAACGCUUUAUUUAACGAAAAGACAUUUCAGUUUUCGGACUUCCAGGAGUUUACGUUUCUACCUGGACACCAGAAGUUGACCGAACGAGUGAGAAAGCGACUGUAUUAUGGCCUGGACAAAGAUGUUUCUUUAGAUGCCCUCUCGUGCCCUGUUACAGAUAUUGCCAUCGAAAUCUUCCAGAAGUCUGCGCCAAGCCCAAUACGAAAGCUUCACAAGAAGUACGCUGCUCAUGUUUCCAGGGAGGCAUGCAUUUCUCCCUGUGCCAUGAUGCUGGCUCUGGUUUACAUAGAAAGGCUCAGACACAGAAACCCCGAAUACCUACAGAAGAUCUCCUCCUCUGACCUCUUCCUGAUCUCUAUGAUGGUUGCCAGCAAGUACUUGUAUGACGAAGGAGAGGAAGAAGAAGUUUUCAAUGAUGAGUGGGGAGCAGCUGGGAAGCUAGAUGUCAAAACAGUCAAUAACUUGGAGAUGAACUUCUUGAAUGCCAUCGAGUGGGGCCUCUUCACAGAGCCAAACGACUUAUUUGAUAUAUUAAGUCAGUUGGAAGCCAGCAUUGCAGAGCGACAGGGGAUGAAACGCGGCUGGUUCACCUACACUGACCUCUGUGUGCUACUGGAGCAAUCAGCAUGGAGUCAAGCCCUCACAUCCAUCUAUCAGCACUUUACCAAGGUAUCUUGUAUGCUCGGCCUUGUCUAUCUGACCAGUGUGGCUGGCCUUAUUGCCACCAGCGCUGUGGUGCACCAGCUCAGCCUCUGCAGAAGUGGCCAGUCCCUGCUUCCUCUUCCUGCUGAGAUUAGCCCGACCCACCUUCAGACCUCCAACCUAAACUCGGAUGCUUCGUCUGUUGCCCAGCGCCUCCCCUGUUGUGUUCUGGCCAACAAAAGUCUGCAGACCGCAGCAACUGGAGCUGGCGAGCAUCGCGCACCGCCUUCUGCUUCCUCACAGACGUCGUUACUGUGUCUCUGGGGCUCCCUCCUUGCAUCAGUGGGUCACAUACAUCCUGAAACGAAUUCUGACAUGGAAGCAACUCAAACUUGGUCUCCUGCAUCCUUCUUCUGUCCCGGUUGUCUCGCAUCCCUCCCUCCUCUCCAGUGUGGGCUCAGAAACACCUCAGCACUUUUCAGUCAGGGUCCCAUUCAUAACCAUCAUGCACCGUGGCUGGUCUCCAGCCUCUUUGGAGGGGUGGAACCAAGUCUGAACUCUCACCUGGGGGUGUUUCCCCCUUUGCAGCUGGGACCCUGCCACCCAGAGCCUGCGUUACCUAUCGAAAAAGCUCAAGCUCUGCUCAUGCCCGGCUAGGAACGGGCAAAAUCCCCCCGCUAUCAGCCUGUGGUAAUGGACUCUGGAAAUUAAACCAGCAUUGUUUUUAUCGCUCAUCAACUGCUUAAAGUCAGAUUUGUUUAUUUUUCCAGAUCCAGAUUACAGGUGCAAAGGCAAGAGUAAUUAGGCACACUCCCAUGCAGGGAGAGAGGCUUUUUUUUUUUUUUUUUUUAAACAGCACAUGCUUGGAGUUUCAACUUAAAGUUCACUACUGCAGAAUAUGCCAUAGUGUUCAGUUAAUGCGCUGCACUUAUGUUUUUACUGCAGAGAGAAGAUCGCAAGGGAUUUGGAGAAUAAUUUAAUGUUUUUCUACAAACAUUUAUCAUUGAAAGUUGAGAGCGGUGAGAUGGUGAUGGGGGGUCCUUGCAUUGAGCUUGUUUUGAGUUAUAUCACAGCUAGAAUAUUGCUUCUUGGCAGGUUGAUGAAAGUGCAUGGAGGUUUCACCGCAUAUCUGAAAGUUGAGAGUUUGGUAGCAGUUUUUUUUGUCAUGUAUAAUGGGGCUUUAAGAAAAAGGGACUAAAAUAUUUUGCUAAAUUUAGGCUUUUCCAUAUUUGCUUAAUGUCACCAUAUAUUUUUAAAUUAUUCACUAAAGAGCUUUACAUCAGAUGUUGGUCAGACACAUGCAGCAAGCACUGAUUUUUGUACACCAGAUGUAGUUUUGUUAGUAUUUGUGAAACAAAUUUCUGUCCUCAUAAACUUCCACAGAAGCUAACAUUUUGAGAUCAGACACCGUCUCCAUGCCUCAGUGUAACUGUCACACAGAAAUUCAAAACAUAAACUGCUCUAAUUCUGGUCAUUUGUAUCAUUUUCUUUUUUGAUAGUCUGUAUCUGUAAUCAUAACGCCACAUCUGUGUACAGUUACAGUAACGUUUAGCCAGAUUUAACAGAUUAUCCUGCAAGUUUCCUGUUUUCUAAGGAGAAGAAGGUCUGUAAGGAAGUGAUGGGUUCCUGGGGUUUCAUUCACUUUCGGGUUGACAUUUUGUUUUUGAAGUGAACAUUUUGAGUAUAACAUGUUAACAGCUGUGUUUCCUCGUUGAUGCAGUCUAAAAUUUGCACACCUUUCAUUUUACUUACAUUUGACUCCAUCAUUGCUGCAGAGGAAAAUGUAAAGAAUUGAUUACUUUUUAUGGACACGGUUACACACAGGUUCUCAAGACAUCUACUUUGCAACUGAACGUUUGACAAACUGCUGCGAGCAUCUGAAUUUGAUAAACUUUGAAGCACGAAGUCCUUCUGUUUUGUACACGCUGUAAAAUGCAAAUAUUGUACAAAGUAGAGAGGAGCUAAUAAAGGAAGCAUUUCUUUGUGA